UCAAGGACAACCGCCCCACCCAGCUCAUGCUCGACAUCCUCAGCAGGGAGCGUGUCGGUGUAGAGCCCACCACCCUCGCCGCGGCUGCUUAAUUGAGUCCGUAGUGCUUUGGUGUGGAUAGGGGGUUACUUGCGUCCUGGUGCAAAAUGGGGUUCCUGGUUCUUUGUCUUGUAGUUAUGGGUGUCGCGGCAGUUGAUUUUGGGUCUCUUUUCGACCUUGUGCAUACACAUCAAGUGGGAUUUGUUGGUUCCUUCCUCGCUUUUUUUUUUUUUUUACACAGUUCAUAGCAGCUCU